UAUGACUCGGCGCUAGGACCGUGGCUCUGUCAGUGCGCAAAUCCCAGCAGAGAGGAGGCAGAGCUCCGGCAGCAGAAGAGGCUGCUGCCGCUCACGGAGACGCACGCACUGAGAGACGGAGAGGGUGGGGGAGAGGUUGUCUGUCAGAGCUGCGGUUCAACCCAUCACCGGCGGGGGAGGCUGCACCUUCUGCCCGCGGACGGACCUGAACCAGCCGGGCUCGCCCUCCAUAUGGGCUCACCAUGCGCAGGAUACGGGCCAACGCCAUCGCGAUUCUGACCGUUGCGUGGAUCCUGGGCACGUUCUAUUACCUGUGGCAGGACAACAAGCCGCAGUCGUCGUCGUCGUCGUCUCCGUCGUCGUCGGCGUCGCAGACCCGCGGCAGGGGCCACGGGCAGAAGGCGGUCCCCGGGCGGCUGGAGAUCCACCGCGACGACAGGACCAUCCCGCUGAUAGUGACGCAGCCCCCUCGGGCCGAGCAGCAGGGUCAGCUGCUGGGCAGCUUCGACGAGAGGGCCUACCUGGCAGCGAAGCAGCUCAAACCCGGCGAUGACCCCUACAGGGAGCACGCCUUCAACCUGCAGGAGAGCGACCGACUGGGCCCCGACCGAGCCAUCCGGGACACCCGACACUACAGGUGUGCAGCUCUGAAUUUUGAUCCAGACCUUCCCUCCACCAGCAUCAUCAUCACUUUCCACAAUGAGGCUCGCUCCACUCUACUCCGCACCAUCAAAAGCGUCCUGAUGCGAACUCCUCCGUCUCUGAUUCAAGAAAUCAUCCUGAUAGACGACUACAGCUCCGACCCUGACGACUGCCAGCUGCUCGCUCAGAUCCCCAAAGUGAGAUGCCUGAGGAACGCAAGGCGAGAGGGUCUGAUCCGGUCCCGUGUGCGAGGAGCCAACAUGGCGUCCGCCGCCAUCUUGACCUUCUUGGACAGUCACUGCGAAGUCAACACCGACUGGCUGCAGCCGAUGAUCCAGCGAGUCAAGGAGGAUCACACGCGAGUGGUCAGCCCCAUCAUUGACGUCAUCAGCCUGGACAACUUUGCCUACUUGGCUGCGUCAGCUGAUUUGAGAGGAGGAUUUGACUGGAGCCUUCACUUCAAAUGGGAGCAGAUUCCCAUCGAGCAGAAAAUGGCGAGAAGCGACCCCACGCAGGCGAUUAGGACUCCCGUCAUCGCUGGUGGGAUCUUCGUCAUGGACAAGAGCUGGUUCAACCACCUGGGCCAGUACGACAUCCACAUGGACAUCUGGGGAGGGGAGAACUUCGAGCUUUCUUUCCGGGUGUGGAUGUGCGGAGGAAGUCUGGAGAUUCUCCCCUGCAGCCGCGUGGGUCACGUGUUCAGAAAGCGUCACCCGUACGACUUCCCAGAGGGCAACGCUCUAACCUACAUCAAGAACACCCGGCGGGCUGCUGAAGUCUGGAUGGAUGAGUAUAAGCAGUACUACUAUUCUGCGAGGCCGUCGGCUCAGGGCAAAGCCUUUGGCAGCAUCACCGACCGCCUGACGCUGCGGCGGAAGUUGAACUGCAAACCUUUCCGCUGGUACAUGGAGAACGUCUAUCCUGAGCUGAGGGUCCCGGAGCAGGAAGCGGUGUCCAGCGUGCUGAGGCAGGGCGGUUUGUGCCUGGAGACCCGCGGGAGCGACGGCCUCGGCCUGGCAGAGUGCAGGGGCAUCGGGGGCAACAGGCCGCAGUCACAGAAAUGGGAGCUGAUCGAGCCGCUGAUCCGACAGCAGGACCUCUGCCUGGCUAUUUCUGCCUUCACGGCAGGGUCGAAGGUCAAGAUGGAGCCCUGCAGCGCAAAAGAGCCCAGACAGAAGUGGAAGCCUAAAGGCACGGCUCUGCAGCACAUGGUGAGCGGACUCUGCCUGGACAGCCAGACCCCGGCAGGACCCCCGGUCAUCUCGCAGUGUCGCCCCCAGAUUGCCAGCCAGUCCUGGGAGCCGCAAGUCAUCACCUGAGCCACCGCUGGAUGGGGGGGGGGGGACACUGGAUCCUGGUUGCACUCUGUCUGCCGCCUCGCUGAGGGAUGGAAGGAGUCAGAACUGUACAUUUGUGAUGUCGGCUUCAAGCUCCUGCUCAUUUUCGGGGACGAGAGCGUCGCUGGAAACGUUUCGAGGCCUCCGUCGAGCGUCUGAGGGCGUCUGUGUACAGUGCUCCAUCCUUCAAAGGAUGCUGCAGUUCUUAAUCUAAGCUUUUCACUGAAAAAACAAAACAAAACAAAAAACCAACUGUUGCACAUUUCACUUUUCCUUUUCUGUUAUCUGUCCUGGUCCACAGUUGGCGUGAAAUUGCAACGGUGCAAUGGUGAGGAUUUUCUUUAAAAAAAAAAAAAGAAAAAGAAAGAGUCCACGCUGUUCUGUAGCAAAUGUGUUGAUCUGCACCUGAGUCGGCGUCUCUGCUCGUCCACCGAUGACCGCGUGGACCAGGGCAGCGUUCUGUAUAGCCAACUAAAGUCUCAGCUUCUUUUACUGUCUUUUUUUUUUUUUUUUUUUUUUAAUUAAUGCUAAUGGAUAGCAGUCAUGAAAAGAAGCACCAUGCAAAGCACCGUCAGGAAGAUUAUUUAUUGUUUUGCAUGGUCAGACCCAAAGAAUGUUUUCCUUUCUGUCUCUAUAAAAGUUUUAUGUAAAUAUCUGAAGCAGAUAAUGGCUUGUUUUAUUUGUGUAAAGUACUCUAUAUGUCGUUUGAAAAAUUAAAACGUGGUAACAAAGACAUUAAUGUACAUAAAAUAAAUGGUUUGGUCUCGGACGUCAUUUUGAUCACAGCAUAGAUGCAAAGAGGAGCGAAGACUGUGUCUUUUUGUUCUGCAAAUCUGGAUAUAAACUCACAAGUAAAUGUUCAGUGGUUUGCUUUAAAUGCCGGUUAUGUAGGAUUCAAUUUAACUUCAUUCAUACAACAACAAUAACGAUCUUGCUUGUAUCUAAAAGCUUUAGAGAAACUCAGAAAAUCCCCCAUUUUAUUUAUUGAAGUGAUUAUAAGACCUUUAAAACAAAAUAAAAAGUUCUUUGUAUUUGGAACAUUUCAAACCUU